CGUCUCACCGUCGUCGACGUAGUUCGUCGGUAGUUUUCGUGCGUUCGUCAGUCAGUCAGUCAGUCAGUCAGUCAGUCAGUCAGUCAGAGAGUGAGGCGUUGACCGUGUCGCGACUCGUAUGAUCGUGUUUAGCGACAACCAGCAGAACGGAGGAGGAGAGUAGCGCGCGUGGCCCGUAAUCUAGCCGCAUUUACGGUGAGACACAGAGGGAGAAAGAGAGUGAGAGAGGGAUCGCUUUACCUCGGCCAAAUGCAGAGAGCCCCCGAUCACGAGCAGCAGCGAGUGCCUGCCGAGUAGUCGCAGAGUCGCAGUCUCUUAGGUAUAUCGGACGGUGGCGGUACGUAGAGAGAGGGCUCGAGUUCGCGACGACAAUAACAUUGGCUCGCCUCUCGCCGACGAUGGAUCUUAUAAACGCGUAGCGGCCGCGAUUUCGCUCUCUUACUCGGCGUAGAGUCGCCGCUUAUCUCCCCGUGCGAUGAGACGCGUAACGACAAGACGUUGAGACCCGCCCUCGUGUCUCUUUUAGUGUGUACCUAUCGUUUUUCUUACGCGUGUAUUUAUUCCUACGUAGAUCGGAUUCCGAGAUCAUGCAGGUGCGUAACCCGCCGUUAACAACCGCCGCUCGCACCUCGCGCCCUUAAGUCGAUUCGACUCUACUAUAUCCGACCUCCUUAUCACCUGUGCGCCGUUGCUCUCCGGCUAUCUGUGCGUUCUGCCCCAGUGACUGCGGAGUGCGGAGAGGCCGCGGUUGUACACUGUGUGCCGUGUUUUAUUCUCUUACCUGUAACGUCAACGCAACUUUUGGGAGUGUUUUGCUCGUGCUCGUGCAACGCGACGAGAUAAUACACAAACGAUCCGCCUGUAAUUAUCGCAAUUCUGCUCGCGCUCGAUACGCGCGCGUAAUAACACGGAGUAGCAACAACAAGAUUGCUAUCGUUGUUAUUAUUGAACGCAGUGCUUCGUCACGAUUAUUUAUUUCUCCCUCCUUUUAUAUACAUAUACAUAUUUAAAAUUAAUACUUUGAUCAUAUAAACUCUUAAACUUUUUAUAAAAAUACACAUCCCGAUCUGAUGGUCAGUGCGUGUUUGUGCGCGUGCUUGUGAUAUUGUAUUGUUCGAAAGUGAUACUUUUGAGGAACUUCCUCGAAGAUGAUGCAUAAUCGCCUUCUUCUCGCCCUCGCGGCGCUUCUGGUAUUGCUGGUGAUCGGUGAGGCGCGUCGCGUCGCUCCGCUACUCGAAGACGAUUUGGCCAGGAGACCGCAUAGACCGGCAGAAUGUAUGUUCGGCAAACAGAUUCGCGAGCUGGGAUCCACGUGGUACGCAGAUCUCGGUCCACCGUUCGGCGUUAUGUACUGCAUCAAGUGCGAAUGCAUACCGGUGCAGAAGAAACGUCGCAUCGUUGCCAGGGUUCAGUGCAGAAAUAUCAAGAACGAAUGUCCAAAGCCAACCUGCGAAGAACCCGUUCUUUUACCGGGUCGAUGCUGCAAAACGUGCCCCGGUGACUACAGCCCGGAUAUCGCUCAGGAUGUUCCUCCGCAGAUUAGCCCUGAAGAAGAAGAACGCAGUCUCAAACAUUUUGCGACCCUCCUUACCGGAAAAACGUCGCUACCGCUACGCCGGGACGACCUGACGCCAUCGUCGACGUUGAACGACGCCUACAACUACGUAGCGACGGGUCGGUUCAAUUUCCAGCGUAAGAACCUCUACUACUCGUUUUACCUGAGCAAUUCAACGCCGCGUCCGCGGAGCCUCCAGUUCGUCGACAUGUCGGGCAGCAUCCUCGAGGAGCAGACGAUAAACCCGAUCGGCGGUGUUUACCAGAACGCGACGGGGAAGCUCUGCGGCGUCUGGCGUCGGGUGCCCCGGGACUACCGGAAGCUGCUACGAGAAGAGCGUCUCCACGUCGCGCUGAUCUGGGGCCCGUCGGCGACGCUUACCGGGCAGCUGUCCCGCUACCGAUCUCUGGCGACGGAGCAAUUCUCGGCUCUCUUGGAGCCGACGAUCGGCACGGACCGGUCGCUGAUGUCGGGCGCCGGGGCGACGGCGAUAAUCUCGGCGUCGACGGCGUCGGCUCCGUCGAUCCACGUGCUGCUCGUAUUCAACGGUAUGUUUUUCCCGAGCGAGAUAUCGGACGUACCGUUAACGGUGCAGCUCGAACACCUCGAGAAACGUUACGUGAUAUUCCGCGAGGACAUAAUCGUGGGGAAGCCGUCCAUCGAGAGGAACAUCGGUGAGGUAAGGAGCGCCCUCUCGGGCGCCGAUCUGCGGCUUCUGGCCCGCGGCAAACUCGGUAUCACCGUUUCCUCGAGGUCCGAUCCUCAGGCGUUGAGCCUCCACGGAGCCGUCGGUCCCCGCGCGACCUGCGACCUCUAUCAGACCCUCCUCUCCAGCGAGGCUCCCUCCUCAGCUUCGGGUCUGGCCUGGGCCUUCCUGGACCGCGGUGGCGCUCUGAGGUACGGGGUGCAACUCGUCGGCCUCGAGGACGGGAAUCCGAUCCUGACGCUCGUCGACGACGGUGGAAAACGGCGGACCGAAAUCGAGGACCUCACGCCCGCCCUCCUCGCCGGCCUCGCUAACGGCUCCAUCGAACGACCAGGACCCCGACUCCUGGAGCCUCUCUUCUCCGGCGAACUAGGCGUCGUUGCGGCCUCCCACCUCGGCUCCGUUCUACGCGGACGCCUGAUCCAGAAGCCCGUCGCCGACGCCCGCGACACCUCUGCGCCGAUCCUCCUUAGACGACCGGACACGGAACCCGUCGCCUCGGGGAUGGCGGGUCUCGUUUGGGCGAGCGUAGACCUCGAAUGUACGCUUCACUACGAGCUGGAGAUAACAGGACUCGCCGACGGCGAACGGACGCUGCAACUUCACCUCGAGACCAUGCCGCUUAUCGCCCAGGGCGCCCCCGUCGCCCGACGACUCCUAGAGGAGUUUACCGGCACGGUUCUCGAGGGUUCGGUAACCGGACUGUCGCCCGUUGAACUCUACCGCAUCGAGUCCGGCAUCAGCUACCUCGAGGUCAGGGACAAGGCCCUCGGCGCCGUACUCAAGGCCCCCUUUAAGACGAGAACACCCCUCAGCUGCUUGCCGCACUACGCCGAUAACGACGUAGCUUCCGUCGUUGCCUACAACAUGCAGCCGCCCAGGUCCGACGUCGAGAACAGCGCGUGCUUCCACGAGACCAGGUUCUAUGAGGAGGGAACGCAAUGGACUGCCAAGUCCGACGUAUGCACCAUGUGCCAUUGUCAUCGGGGACUCACUUCAUGCGAUACUGUACCUUGUCCGGUAACUCCAUGCGCUUAUGGACAAAUUAUGAAGACCAUGCCUGGACAUUGCUGCCCUGUUUGCACGACCGUGUCGAUCUUGAAUGAAACCCAGAGCAAUGUAACGGCGACGACAACACCAGGAUCCCGAGGGUGCAUGUUGGCCGGUCAAUAUCAUCUCGCCGGUGCCGCUUGGCACCCUUACGUACCUCCGGCUGGUUUUGACACCUGUGCCGUUUGCACCUGCGACGUUGUCACAUUGGAGGUAAAGUGUCCGCGCGUUCAGUGCCCGCCAUUGGACUGCGACGAAAAAAUGGCUUUCAGGCCCGAUAAGAAGGCUUGCUGCAGACAGUGUCCGCCGGUAUCGAAGAGCGUCGCGACGCCUUCCACGGGUGAUAUGCUUCCUCGUGAUCAGGCGACGGUCUCGACCCGGCGCACCGCCGAUGAAAUACUCGCUGGUGGUGGAUGCAAGUAUCCCGUUGGCGGCCCCUUCGAAAACGGCAAGGAGUGGCAUCCUCGUAUUCAUUCACACGGCGAGAUGAAGUGCGUGAAAUGCAAGUGCAAGGACGGUGAGGUGAAAUGUGACAGAAAACGGUGUCCCAGGGCCCUGUGCAACACAAUCGCCCGUCAAAAGAAGCAGGGAUCCCACAUAUCCGACAUCGACGACUGUUGCUCGGUGCAAUGCAAACGGGCGCGUCGUCACCACCGCCUUCAUCACCACCAGAAGCGGACGUCCAGACGCGAACUGAGAAACUGAGCUGGGGGCAAUUUCUGCGGCAUCGCCAGAGCCCCUAGAAAAUCAGAGUUGAGACAAUGGGUCGAUGCUUCGAAGAUUUUUCUGGUUCCGCGGGGACUCUAGUCGAAGAAACCUCGUCGCCCUGCUUUUCGCAAUGGCAAUAGAAUUCUACAUAUACUCUCCCUCCCUCCUCACUACCCUCCUUUUUUUUCAUCCCGGUGAGAUGCUUCACCAACCCACGUGUAAAUACACGGCUCUUCGUUAAUUACAAGCGUGUGUACGUCUGCUGCAGAACUCGGCUACUCUGCUCGGUAGAAUUUAUCACGAUUUUUUACAAGGGAAAAAUAUGUUCUGUUCAUGAAUAUCUAAGCGUUUAAAACUAAAAAAUCUUCACUAUCGUGGCCAGUUUUUCAACCUUGUGUAGAAAAAAAUAUAUAUAUAUAUAAAUUCCUUCUAAUUUUGCAUGGUUUUCUCGAUGAUAUUUAUGAAACAAUACGUUCUUUUAAAUUGAUUUUACGAUUGUGAUUUGUUGUAACUUUAUUUAGAUAGUUUUGCACAAGCUCACGCGCGCUUGACCAUGUGGUCAAAACUGUUGAGAAAUUCCUGAGAACUAAGGUCAAAAAUUCCGAUGAUAUAAAUCGUGGUAAAUGAAUGAAUUAGCAAUAACGAAACAUAGAGUCGGUGAUUAUAAAUUCUGUUGAAUUUUACCAGCAGGAGGGUCUCUGGACAGUGGUCAGCGUCUCUAGUCGAUCAUGAUAAUCGGUGUAUAAACUAGCUGUUAGGAAAUACUAAACGCUGCGUAUAAUACACAGAGAAGCGUUUUUCUUUUUUCGCUUCACUUGUUCCUAACUAAUUAAACAACAAAACUGCAAACAAUCCAAUCCGUUUAAUUGACAAAACCCUUCUAUGUGAAAUAUAUUCGAUCAUGACAAAACUGCAGAUGUCGAUUUAUCGCCUGGUUUGUUCGAGUGAAAAAAAAAAAUCCCGUCGGCUCGUUUAAUCGUCAACAAAACUAUUCUCCGUGUGUAAUUAUUACGCAGCGUCCGGGAGGUGUGGAACGCGUGUGUGAACAAAACAUGCUUAACAUGCGUCGUAUUAUGUACCUCGUGAAAUAAUAUCGCGGAGAGACUGGCGGGGGAUGGAGGGGCGGCGAUAAUACGGCACGUAGUGCCUCAAACGCACCAAUUAUAUUGUAACGAGUUACAGUCUGCAGCCACGAUAAAAGAGCCAUGCAGUCAGUCAGUCAGCGGCAAUGCGCACAACCCGCCACCGUGCACUCUCCCUCUUACAGCAAGUCUACAUCUAUUAAUCAAUUGAUUCUGAUUAAAUUGAUGAAACGAACGGAAGCUGACCCCGGCACGUGACCCCUCCACCCCUCACCCUUACCACCAAACUCUUCUCGCAGCUCCGUUCAUCCAAUCAUCCAUAAUCAUCCUGCAUCGACCCUUCGCGAACACCACGUUUGUACCUACAGGGUGGUUGGGAAAUAAAAUUAUAAUCUCUACCGCGUUCUUCCGACGUAUCUCAUUUCGGGACACAGUCGAGUCCAGGUCUUGUACCAAUUAAGUCUUUUAAAGUGAUCUUAAAUCGACGUUUUUAGAUAGAGAAAAUCCUGACGUAUAAUUCACGGACAAUCACAGCAGCGCGUGAUGUGGAAAUUAAGUAGCCUGGUAUAAAGUUGAGGGAAUGUUGAUGAAUCCUGUUGAAAGUCGGGAAAAAGGCAUAUCAUUGAUUUGUUUUAAAAACUCGUCUUUUAAAAGUCCAUUUUUUCAAAAUGUUUCUCAAAUUUUAUCGAUAGACUCAUUGCGAAGUUUACUGUUUUUCUUAAAAUCUAUCAGUCCGGAACUCUUGAAGUUUCUGAAGGUUGAAUAUAGUAAUUGUUUGCGUAAGAACCACCCUGUGCAUGCAUGCGUAUCAUAACUGCAAUAUCCUGCACCCACCAACCUCAUCAAGUUACCCAGCAACCAAAGAAGACUGAACAACCUCGAUGGCGGCAUCAGUUAAUAUAUGAUUGCUAUUUGCUAUAAUUUUUAUUAUUAUAGGUAUGUUAAAUAAUAAUUACGUUUAUACGUAUACUAACAAUUCUUGCUUGUUUUUAUUUUCACCACCAUCAAUACUACUACCAUUAUCAUUAUCAUUCUUUUUUUCUCUCUCUCAUCGUCAUCAACGUCGUAACCAUGGUCAUUUCAAUACUGUAAGUAACUGUGUAAAGUUAUUAUACCUUAUUAUAUUAUUACGCCCGAGCUACGUCUAAUCGAUUAUGAUUACAUUUAAUAUUAUCCGUAUAUAUUUCAAUAGAUGUAAUAGUUAUUCUUAUUAUCUUUAUUGUUAUCGUUAUUACUAUUCUCCAUAUACUUCAUUUAGAUUAUUGUCAUUACGGUUUCUGAAUGUAUUUAUUGUUAGGUUUAAGUGUCCUCUUUACAUUGUUGGCAAAUUCCGUCUUCGGAGCAUACGUUAUCCUUUUUUAAUUUUGAGCGUUUUGUCUCUCAACAUUUUAUACAAUGAAAACGUUUGAACAAGUGCAUGAUACUGAAAAGCUUGUAUCGCACAAUGAAUUUAACUAUUUAUUGAAAUAUUAAAUCGUAAAUUUCUCUGCUACAAAGCAAGUGUACUUUUUUCCGAACUAUUUUUCUCCCAUUAUAAGUCCUUAAUCAUAUUUGACUUUUAUGCACUCGUUCAUUUUAUUGGCAAUAAUUAUUCGUGACAAUUAGGUAGGAUUUAGUCUGUUUCGCGGUUACUGCGAUUUGCUUGGAUUGGUCGUGCCUUACAAAGAUGCAUAUUUAUAUAAAUACGUAUCAGUCAAUUUUAUUACUCUAAAUAAGUUAAGGCUGAAAGCGUAUAUACGUAUUAAGAUUAAUUCGUCAGUCGAUAUUUUGUACAUAUAAAUAUACUAUAAUACUUAUAAUAAUAGUAAUAAUACUAAUAAUUAUAAUAAGAUAUAUUAAUAAUUUAAAUUGAAAGAAUUUCUAUUGUAAAAAAUUUGCUUUCGAAGUAUAAUUUAGUUAUAGAAAUAGUCGGACGCCUCAGUGUGGCACGCAUAGAUGUUUCUCCCCAUUCGUUCAAAAUUUCUUUCCCUUGUUCAACACUUCAUCGUAUAACUAAAAAAAAAACUGUCUUGUUAUAAUAAUAAUAUUAAUAAUACUAAUAGCAAUAACAAUAAUAAUAAUGAUAAAAAUAAGAUGAAACAAACGAAGAAGAAUAAUAAUUGUUGGUUCAAUACGUAAGAAUAAUAUAGCGAUCGAGAAAUGCAUUAUUAUGUGUGAUGCGGAUUGUGUCUAAUUUUUUUAUAGCUGCGAAUUUAUUUUUUUAUUCAUAAUCCUAAAUAAUCGAGCAUAAAAAUCAUAUCCUGACCGAAUUAUAUAUAACGCUAUUUGUAUUCUUCGCCGAUUAAGUAUACACACACACCCAUACAUUUAAUUUAUAAUAUACCUAUACCUAUACAUAUAUACUUAAAUAUAUAUGCGAUACAUUAUACAUAUAUUUAAUUAUCUAAUAUACCAAUCGCGUAGUAGCGUUAUGCGUUUGAUUAUUUAUUGUGUGUGCUUCGAUCUAUUAUUAUUCGUUUGACGCGACUCUUAUACAUGCAUUUAACAACAUCAAGAUUUUUAAUCUGCGACGCGAGCGAGACACCAAAAUUUCUUGUUUUAUUUAUUUUUUUUCUACACAAGAGACGAUGACCGUUGUGAUAUAUAUAUAUAUAUAUAUAUAUCGAUAGGUUUUCUAUUUUGUGUAAAGUAAGUUGGUUAAGCACGCUGAAAGAGUUCGAAAGUUGAAGAAAACUGAUGCUAUUCUAUACUGUGCCAAAAUGUUGUUAAUUAAUUAUUUGUUUAAUUAAUUAAUUAAUUCAUUGAUAUAUCGAUCGUGUUAUCGUUAUACUAAAAAAGUAAAAAAAAAAAAAAAAGAAAAAACCUAUCUCAUUUCUAACUGCAUUACAUAAAUCGAGAUGAUGGUAAUAAUGAUAUGUAAUAAAUAAAAUGUACCUUUUAUUGUAUCAUUGAUAUAUAAUUGCUAAUAUUUGUAAUAAAUUGUAACAGUAUAAUGAUA